AUGAACUUUCUCCAGGAGAAGGCAUGGCCACAGAUGCUGGAGAUAUCUUUUUCCUACAGGAAAGCCGCUUCCCGCCUCAGUGUUACUGCCUACACAUUGUCCCUAUACACCCUGCGUGUGUUUCCGCAGUUUCCCGAGUACGAUGAUCUCUACUGCAAGUACUGCUUCGUGUACGGCCACGACUGGGCCCCCACCGCGGGGCUGGAGGAGGGGAUCUCCCAGAUCACAUCGAAGAGCCGAGACGUGCGGCAAGCGCUGGUGUGGAACUUCCCCAUCGACGUCACCUUCAAAAGCACCAACCCCUUCGGCUGGCCACAGAUUGUGCUCAGCGUGUACGGACCAGACGUGUUCGGGAACGACGUGGUCCGCGGCUACGGGGCAGUGCACGUGCCUUUCUCGCCUGGCAGGCACAAAAGGACCAUCCCCAUGUUUGUCCCAGAAUCUACAUCUAAGCUGCAAAAGUUCACAAGCUGGUUCAUGGGACGGAGGCCUGAGUACACGGACCCCAAGGUGGUGGCUCAGGGUGAAGGCCGGGAAGUGACCCGCGUCCGCUCCCAGGGCUUUGUCACUCUCCUCUUCAACGUGGUGACCAAGGACAUGAGGAAGCUGGGCUACGACACUGGGCCUGUGGACAUGCAGGGGCUCUCGGGGCCCAGCCUGCCCCAGGGCCUGCCCCAGUGAGCCUGGCCAAGCAGCGUGCAGCCUGAGCGGCUCCCACAAUGCCAGGUGGCCACUGCCGAUCCACCUGCCUGCUCCAGUGUAGAUGGGGAGUCGGGGGGAUAUUUUCAUAAAAUAAAUGGUUGCUUUGUCACAGAA